UCCUGCUCCACACACUGACUCCUGUGACUUUCGGCAGCGCCCGGCCUCUUCCAUCCCCAGUGAGUACGUAGCGGCUCUAAACAACUGAAGAAAUGGCUGUCGUGAGUGGAACGUUCCGUAUGGUAUCAGAGGAGGAGCAGGCUCUCAGGGCCAAGCUGGAGCGCCUCACGGAGGACCACGGUCCCGUGUUCGGACUCUGCGCCAAGUUGCCUGACCACACAGUGCAGAAGGCCAAGGAUGAGUUGAAUGAGACAGACGAGAAGCGGGCGUUGGCGGUCAAGGAGCUGAGGGGAAUUAUCAAGGAGACGGCGGAUGCUGGGGACGACCUGGCCAAGGGGGUGCUGGAAACCUUCGGAGAGAAGCCUGACGGCAUGCUGGUCCGCUUCAUCCGUGCCAGGAAAUACGACGUGCCCCGAGCCUUUGACCUCAUGAAGGGUUAUGUGCGCUUCAGGAGAGACUAUCCUGAGCUGUUCGAGAACCUGACUCCCGAGGCUGUCCGCAGCACCAUCGAGGCCGGCUACCCAGGCAUCCUGUCCAGCAGAGACAAGUACGGCCGCAUCGUGCUGCUCUUCAACAUCGAGAACUGGGACUACGAAGAGAUCACCUUCGACGAGAUCCUCCGUGCCUACUGUGUAAUCCUGGAGAAGUUGCUAGAGAACGAGGAGACUCAGAUCAACGGAUUCUGCAUCAUUGAGAACUUCAAGGGCUUCACCAUGCAGCAGGCCUCCGGCAUCAAACCCACGGAGCUCAAGAAGAUGGUGGACAUGUUGCAGGACUCCUUCCCUGCCCGUUUCAAAGCGGUCCAUUUCAUCCACCAGCCCUGGUACUUCACCACCACCUACAACGUGGUCAAGCCACUCAUGAAGGGCAAGCUGCUGGAGAGAGUGUUUGUCCACGGAGACGAGCUGGACAACUACUACAAGGAGUUUGACGCGGACAUCCUGCCUUCCGAGUUCAACGGCAAGAACUCCAAGUACGACGGCAAAGCCAUAGCAGCCAAGCUGUUCGACUGAACACGCCCUUCUCACCCUCCGCCACUCUUCCAACCCGACUGGGACCUCCACACAAACACAGACAGAAACUGUGAAAACAUAGGAGUGUGGAUUUAUUAGAAAAUUAAUGUAAAAGAUGAGUGUGGUAUUGUACUGUUGUUGUUUUCCAAGAGUUAUUAAGUAUUAAACACCCAACAAAGCACUCCCAACAGCACAGAGAGGACUAUAUAGCCUUGGCUCGGGCCUUACCUGAGAUACUUAACAGCCCUAACCAUGGAGCUGUUCUCUGUGUAACCCAUCUCUGCAACCUGGACUCAGGGGUAGAGGUAACACAUAGGAAAUGUAAAAACGCGACACUCCAAUUCGUAUGGUAUGUAUUCAUUUGUGGAUGUCCAUCAUACAUUUCGUAUGAUAUGUUACAAAUUCCAAUUUGUUGUGGCUAUCGUUAGCUAGGUGGCGAACGUUAGCUAGGCUUGGGGUUAGUGUUAGGAUUUAGGUUAAAGGGUUAAGGUCAGGGUUAGGGGAAGGGUUAGCUAAUAUGCUGAGUAGUUGCAAAGUAGCUAAAGAGGGGUAAGUAGCUGCAAACAUGCUAAUUAGCUAACAUGCUAAAGUUGUCCGUGAUGAGAUUGAAACACACAACCUUUGGGUUGCUAGACGUUCACGUCAUACGCCACCCAUCCACUCUGACCAAUCACCCUACAGUAACCGUCUGUCUUAUGUAACCAUACCAAACAUAACAUAUCAUACCAAUUUGAGCAUCUCAGAUUUACAUUUACUCUGUUACAUCUAAUCUAUGAGACCAGGCUGAUCUUUGACACAUACAGCUAGCACUAGUUAAACCUGAUAGGACCCAGUUCUCUAUCCACCUCCCUUUUCUCCUCAGGGUGAUACAAGGCCAUGAGUCAAACAAGUUCCUGUCUCUGUUUGUUUUUGACCGUGCUAAGAGAUGAAUAUCAGCAGUUUUAUCCUCUGUGGAUCAAUGCAUGUCACCACAUUGUGGACAAUAAACUGUAUGGAAAGAACCAUGAA